GAUUUUCCCAGAUGGCGCCAGUGUUGUUGUUGUUGUUGUUGUUAUUGUUGUGGCGCCGCCCUCUGCCCGCUGCUCAUGGUGUGUGUGUAAUGCUGCGUGAUGGUGGGCCGGGCACCGAAUAGUGUUGGGUGUGGCCGGCACCGCGUGGAGGCGGCCUGCCAUCACCAUGGAGGUCCCUGCCCUCAGCGCCGCUUCCCCACGACGAGCCAGGAGAGCCCAUGCCCCGCUGUCCCUGUGUGCCGCCCCGCUCUCCGCCGCACCGCCCCGGCCGCCACCUGAGCAGUUUGCUACAGUUCAUGGCGGUGCUGGUGUGCAUCGUCCCCCACCCCCCCACGCCGCCACCAGCAGGAAACAUCGUGCCAACCACCAGCGCAAUCUUUCCCUCGACUUUAGGUCUAUGGGCAUAGUGCUGCCGCCGCUGCCAGCCCUCAGCCACAGCGGCUCGCACCAGAGGAACCGCAGCCUUGACUCUGUGCUGCAGAAGAUCCCUGAGGUGGAGGGCGGAGACACGCCGCAGCACCCGCCCCCCAGCAGCCCACCCCUCAAGCCUUCCCUGUCCUUCACCUUCUCCGACGCGCCCAGCUUCCGCCUGAGAAAUGAGUCUUGCCGCGUGGCGCCGGCGGGCCACCCGGUGGUGGUGAGGCGCGACAAGGACCGCUACGACCAGUCCAGCCUCGGCUCGGACGACUCGGGCAUCUGCGGCUCGGAGGGCGACGCCACGCGGGAGUCGAGUGCAGAGCGUGGCCAGAGUGUGGAGGCGCUGGAGGCCGGCAGCGCUGGCUCUGACUGUGAGGUGAAGAGCGUGUACUCUGAGACCCUGGACGGUGAGGCAACCAUGGGGGAGCCCGAGGGCGACGUGCCCCUGGGGGAGGUGGAGGACGAGGUGGAGGUGGAGGGAGAUGCAGUGGACCUUACGUUAGUGGCGGAGGAGAAUGUCAAGUCUCCUGACUCCUCCCCAGACUCCCAGGCCCAGACGCCCCCCAAGGACCCCUGUGAGGAACCCCAGGACCCCAGUGAUACCACACCCACUCCCACCCUGGCCCGGGGGAAGGGGACCAAACAUGGGGCCAGUACUAAGGAUAAGAGACCCUUGUGUGAUGUGGCGAGGGCACAGAGUGGUGGUGGUGGUGGUGGUGGAGUGAGUGCGUUAGUGAUGACCCAGAGGAGUGCGGUGGCCCAGGGAGUGUGUGGCGCCAGCGGCACAUUGACCAAAAGCAAACUGGCAGAGAAACAGUCGCUGUUGCUGCGGCUGUUUGAGAGCAAAAUGUUUGACAUGUCGAUGGCGGUGUCGUACCUGUACAAGUGCAAGGAGCCGGGCGUGCAGCAGUAUAUUGGCAACCGGCUGUUCUCCAUGCCACCCUCCGACGCACACUUCUUCUUGCCGCAGCUGGUCAACAUGUACGUGCAGACCUAUGAGGUGGCCGAGGUGCUGCACCCCUUCCUGGUGCACUUCUGCCGCCACGACAGCACCUUCGCCCUGCAGUGUGCCUGGCUGCUGGAGGCGUUCGCCACAGACUCCGCCCUGCUGAGGAAAAAGUCCCACGGCACCAAGCUCAAGAACCUCAUCCUGUCUGACGAACUAAGGCCCAAACAGGAGGGGAUGGAGUGCCUGCGGGGAAGUGGUGAGGGCAGCGACCAGUCUGAAGGUGCAAUGCUGAGGUCGUCGCUGUGCACGCGCAUCAAGGAGCACCCCAGCCCCGGCUCAAACCCCGGCUCCCCUGUCACCGAGCUGUCCCCGCCCUUCAUUCCCCCGGCUGUCCUGCCAAACCCCUCCCGGCGCGGCCACCAGCGCUCCCGCUCUGACGCCACCGUGGCUCUCCAGGGCCACCUCCCCGCCCCUGCCGCCGUUGCCACCACCUCCAGGGGUCACAAACGGACUCCCUCCUCAGGAAGCAUAAAAAACUGCUUGGGUGACCUUGCAUCCGGCCGUGCCUUCGACAAUGGCUGCUGCUGCUUUGACUCGGAGGAGGCGCGGUGUAACUCCCUGAGGGGCAAGGCUGUCGAGUGCCACUGUGGGGCUCCAAGAUUAUCCCCAGAGCUGGAGUUUGUCCGCACCCUCAUCACCAUUGGGAAGCGGCUCGGGGCACAGCCAACCAAAGCCAAAACCUCCCGGCUGCUGGCAGAACUUUCGGUGCUCAACCUGAACCUGCCGGCGCGAGUGUACCUGCCGCUGUGUGCCACCGAGCAGCCUCACCAUGUAGUGCGCAUCCCACCCCAGGCCGCCGUGGUGCUCAACUCAAAGGAUAAGGCGCCGUACAUCAUCUACGUGGAGGUGCUGGAGGUGGACAGCGUGGACACAGCAGCGGUGCAGUCCAAGCUGGCACACAGCCUGCGCCACACUCGCUCAGAGGAGAACCUCAUCAACAACUCCCCUGCCUCCACCUCAUCCUCUCAGCUGGACCUCACCACCGCCACCCCCAUCACCACCACCACCAAUACUACCAGCAGUGGCCUCGGCUCCACCUCCUCCAUCCCCUCCUCCCUCAGCUCGCCACACCUCACCUCAGGCUACAUCGAUGAGAGUGACUGUUGGAGCCACGAGGACGACGAGAUCAGCCAGCAGUACUGUCGCCUCAAGAAACCCAGAGACAGAGACACCAUUUCCAUGAUGUCCCUUGACUCCUGUGACUCCCGGGAACUGACAGCACGAGGGGCGGCCGACAUCCGACGCCGCCUCUCGGAAACUGUCAACGCCCCCAACACAGGAUUCAAGAGGGACCCGGAUGACCCCUCAGCUGCUGCCCUUAAGGAACCCUGGGAGAGCAAGGUGGAGCGGAUCAGGGAGACGUCACCUUACGGACACCUUGCGUCAUGGCGGCUGCUCUCUGUCAUCGUCAAGUGUGGGGACGACCUGCGGCAGGAGCUGUUGGCGUAUCAGCUGCUGUGCAUGUUCCAGAAGAUUUGGACUGAGGAAAAGGUGUCACUGUGGCUCAAACCUUACAAAAUCUUGGUGUUGUCGGACGACUCUGGCAUGAUAGAGCCCAUCCUGAACACCUGCUCGCUGCACCAGAUCAAAAAGAACAGCAAGAUGUCGCUGCUGGAGUACUUCACCAAGGAGUUUGGUGACAAGAACUCUGAGGAAUUCCUGACGGCACAGAGGAAGUUUGUGGAAUCAUGUGCUGCUUACUGUCUGGUGUGUUACAUCAUCCAGGUGAAGGAUAGACACAACGGUAACAUUCUCCUUGACAACGAGGGACACAUCAUACACAUCGACUUUGGCUUCAUGCUCUCCUCCUCGCCCCGCAACCUUGGCUUCGAGGCGUCACCCUUCAAGCUGACACCAGAGCUAGUGGAGGUGAUGGGCGGGGAGACGUCUGACAUGUUUGCCUACUUUAAGAUCCUCCUGCUGCAGGGCAUGCUGGCGGCUAGGAAGCACAACGAGAAGAUCAUCUCUCUGGUGGAGGUCAUGAGCUCAGGGUCCAAGCUGGCGUGUUUCCGUGCUGGGGCGUCGGUGGUGCCAGCUCUCAAGGGACGCUUCCACCUGAACAUGACAGAGGAGCAGCUGCAGGUGUACCUUGACUCGCUGGUGUAUGACGCAAUCAACUCCCUCACCACCAAGCUGUACGACGGCUUCCAGUACUUGACCAACGGCAUCCUUUAGCCCCGCCGCACUGCAUGGAGUGAGCAACUGCCUCAGGGGUGCUCAUUAGCCCUGCAGUGCUGUGUGAAGUAAGUCAAGUGGGGCGGCCGUGUUCUGUGGCUGGCGUGAACUGCAACGCCCGGCAGUGUCUCAUGGCGGCGUGCACUGCUUAGACUCUUGCUGAGAUUAUUAAUGUAAAAAGUGUGUACAAACCUGAAGCGACCUUGUGAUAUUAGACACAAGUGUACCAAAGAAAGAGACGAGUGCAAAGGAAGGCAAGGAUGAAAUUACUACACAGAAAAGAGGAAAAGCAACAAGAAGGGUGGUAAGGAGUUGCAGCUGCCAUGUGGGCUGGCUUUCUUGAACAUGAAUGCACCAGUGAUUCAUGAGAGGACAGUGAGUGAAGUCAGUUUGGGGAUGAUGCUUCAUGGGGAUGGUCAGUGCCUCUUGUGACUCCUGUUGCAGCAGCAGGUGUAGUGGUAGGAGUAGCAGCAGUGGUUGUAGUGAUAGUUAGUAACAGUGAUAAUGGUUUCGAGGAAUUAUUGUUUCCCCAUCGUGGCUUCCUGCAUCUCAUUGUGAAAUCGUUACGUUGGUAUUGGUUGGAUGUCCGAGUGUGACCACCUGCCAGCCCCAAGGCGCCCCAACACUGACGUCACUGUCGCUGAUGACUUGCUGUUGUGUUUUGAGAAGAACUGUGCCUGUGUAAUAGUUGUAACUCAUCGACAACCAUUGCUCUAUUGUUUUUAAUAACUCUCCUCCUGUUUUAGCGAUGCACUUUGAUUAGAGGCCUUUGUUGUAAGAAUUUUGUUGAAUCACUUUGUUCUUUAUACUUUGGCUUACUGUUAUUUCCUCCCCACCAGCCUCUCUUUCUUUGGGAACUUAAUUUCACACAACAUCUUCAAAAUCUUUAAAUCUUCAGUCACUUUAGCAAAUCCAAGCAAAGCGCUAGUCACCUUCUGGCUUGGUGGAGAUAUUUCACUCUGCUUGCCGGGGACUGCAGGUCAUAGUGUGAGCUGCCAGCCAUUCUCUGCAGCAGUGAGGGUCCUGCUGUUGUUCAUGCCUACAUCUAACCCCCAUCCAUCACCUCAGCUUAUCUUCUUGAGAUUCUGCCACUUGAGUCUUCCUGAGUGAAGGUUCGUGGGUGUUGAGGCUGAGGCGCAGGGAGGAACACAUACCCUUUAAGCUCUGAGGCUGUUGGAGUGAUUAGGGCUGCUGUGCUAGUGGUGCUCAUCAUGGAAGGGCUUGUCUGUGCAUGUUCUGGGUUGCUUUGAGGCUUGGAAUGGUGGUAUGUUUAAUGAUAUGCUUUUUAUAUCGAGUUAAAAUCCAAGCUCACAUUCUCAGUGAUCCAUUUAGUAUACGUAAUGCAUCAGUCAGGGAACGUUAACUGUUAUCAUCGUUAUCUGGAAGGCUGAAUUUCAGGUAUACUUAUGAUUCUUACAUUUCAGUGCACCUCAGUGAUUCUUGUUUGGCUCAUAGCAAGGACAGUUGUUUGUUUAUUUUUUUUAUUUAGUUUUGCAGCAACUUUCCUCGCUUCUUUGUGUGUCGUAUUGAAACAGUUUUGUCUUCUUUACUUCUCCGCCAUCCACACAGUCAAAAAUAUUAGUGAGGACUGAGCAGCAAUCUCCCUAGUAAGGUAUGUAGUAGUUCUGCUGCUUUUAUUUAUUGAUUUAUGUAUUUUUUUGCAAUGACUAGACUUGUAACCUUCAAUACGGCACAAGUUCACUGCCUUGCAUUGCUGCCUGCUCCCCUGACCUCCCUGCCUGGUGCUUGAGUGGCCCAGCAGCGGACAGGCUCAGUGGUCUCCCUUGGCAGCUCGUCUCUUCAGCUUCAGACAGUCUCAGUCAGUGGCCGCAGUGGCUGGAAUCAGGGGCCCAAGAGGUGGAUGGCCCUGGUGGUGACGUAGACUCUCGGUAGCCUCCACCAAGAGCCCCACCAGUGAGAGGGUUGGGUGGCUGUGGGCCGUUGGUGUGCCUGGAGCAGUAGUGUGGCCCCCUGCAGUGCCGCCUCUGAGUGUGGUGUGUCGGGCGCUCACGACGCAUCUCUUGCAUAUUAGUUUGCAUACAUGUAUUCUUUUAGUGUAGGUGUGAAGCACUUCAGACCUACAUGUUUCUUGGUUUAGUUUGGAUUCAUAUACUAGACUCAUUUAUGGGUUCCUUGCAGGGACUGUCCUGUGAAGCCACGCCUUUGUAUAUUGUGGGAUUUCCUCGAGUUGUAUAUCAGAGACGAAUAUCAUUUCCAUUACAAAGUGUAUAUUUUCACAAGGAUAUUUCAAUCAUCACCCUCAGUGCUCCUGAGAAGUACUCAUUACUCACUGUAAGUUAUGCAGCUCAAAAUAUUUAUCAUGGCUUUAUUCCAUCGUUAUCACAUCCCCGACAUCAUCAUGGAACAAACUAUUAUUAAUGGUUUCUUGGUUACUUGCUUUGCAUUUUCAUCCUUUACCAAGUGCAUUCCUAAUUUGUCUGGAGCAUCGAGGUUCAGUAUUAGUAGAGGCUCUACUUAGCUGUCCAGGAGUGACUGUAUUUUUGUACGACAGAAUCAUAACUGGAUAAGGAAACUCAACUGAAACUUUUUUAUCAUCCAUAGAGGUAAUAGGAAGUAGCUUUAACAACUUGUGAGAACCAAGGGUUCAGGGACAGUGGUCCUGAUCAGUGCCAACUAAGUGAGGCUGUUGGCACAUGUGUGUGUGUGUGUGUGUGUGUGUGUGUGUGUGUGUGUGUGUGUGUGUGUGUGUGUGUGUGAGAGAGAGAGAGAGAGAGAGAGAGAGAGUGAGAGUGUGAGUGGUGGUGGUGGUGGUGGUGCAGGGUGCCGUGCCCUGGGUGUACCAGGAAGGCAGCAUGGGAGGUGCCAGUGUCAGGCAGUGAGGCUGUGGACUGUGCUGGUCUCAGUGACUGACAUUCACCAGGCUGACAGGGCACAGUGCCACAGUGCCAGGCUCACAGGGCACUGCUGCUGCUGCUUGAUGUAAAUGGUACAUCUUCCUUAAUCCCAAUCAGAGAAAAUUUAAUUAUUUUUGUGUAUAUACCUAUGAAAUUUUGUACAGUGAGCUGAAUUUAUUAUAUAUUUCCUUGUUAAGAAUAAAGUGCUCUAUGUAUUGCAAUGGGAUUAGCGAGGGCUGUGAGCCUCCCCCACCCCCCACACCUCAGUCAUCAUGCAACAUGUCGUCCAUUACUCCUAAAGCCUAGCUAGACCACUUUUGUAAUACCUGAUGACCCUGUAUAUGCCAUUAUAUUACCAAUGCAAGGCUUUUUAUCCCAAACAUUUUGCUUGUAUUUGUAUCACUGUAAGUACUGUACAUAGGGAACAUCUACUGCUGGUCCAAAACGGUUAGCAGCAGUUGCCAGCCAGUAUUGGGUCGUGCUGCCACCCUCAAGACAGCUUGUCUCGCACACCCACCAGUGUACUACUUAAAUUGCUGUUCUAGACGCAAUACUGUGGCAACUCCUGCCUUGGCCUUGUUGUCAACACAUUUUGUUCUCAUAAUAAAUAAAGUGGAAAAAAUGUC